AUGACUCCAGAAGAACUGAAGAAGCAUGACGCCGAGCUCGCAGAGAUGUGGGCUAAGCGGGAGCGCAUCGUCGCGGAGAUGGCGCUCAGGACGACCCUCCUCGCCGCCCACGCCCAAGACGCCCGCCGUGCCCUCGGCCGCGCCGUGGCCAAAGAAACCCUCGCCGCCGCCCUCCUCGUGCCCGAGAAGACUGCCGCCGCCGCCAAAGAGACCGCCACCGCCGCCACCGCCACCAAAGAGACCUCCGCCGCUGCCGCCACCGCCUCCAAGAAAUAG